CCAAUAAUAAUCUCCCCCAAUAAUUAUUUUUAUUUCUUAUUUCACUCUCUGAGGUGACAGGCUUCACCUAUCUCUGGGCGAGACAAGUUAUUCGAGAUAGCACACUGGCUCUCUCGUAUAUUUUUGAUCUCAAUUCCGGACAAGCCUCGAUUGCGAAUAGUUGAUCAAUUUCGCAUGGUACCCGGCUGAGAGAAGCAUUAAAAGUCUCCACGUGCCAUUAAUUACUCUCAACCCGAAAUGACCGUCACACGCUCGCAGUCGGGCACUCUGCCCAAAAAGGUUGAGUACCCCGAUUUUGUCGAAACUCCCUCGAGACGCAGAGCAAAUGGCACGCCGUCAAGACGCGCAACCAGCAAGACUCCUGGCCUUGAUGACAGCCCAUCCGUAAAACGCGCAACUGCUAGGGCGGCUCGGGACAUUUCUCCCACGAUCAAGCAGGAAGAUGUCGAGACCCGGACCCUGUCCCAGACCAAGGAAGGCGUUGAGACAACGACUUCAGAAACCCAGACCGAGAAGCCGACUCAACCCAAAGUGACCGAUGGAUGGGCUGAAGGGAUGGAUCCCAAGGUCGAUUACAGCGGCCACUUUGAGUUUGGUGGCUCGUGGGGGGUUACUGCCAUGAUGCUUGGCUUCCCCUGUUUGAUGUGGUAUAUGUGGAUCGGCGCUACAUUUUAUGACGGUCACUUGCCAUUGCCCCAGGACGGGCAAACUUUUGUCGAAUUUCUCAAACAUCUCGGUCAUCUCGUGUACGAGGGCGCAUUUCCGACAGCCAAGGCGUGGGUCAUGUACUGGACUUUCUUCAUCUUUGAAGGAGCCUGCUAUCUGCUCCUUCCUGGUGUCUGGACUAAGGGCAAGCCUCUGCCACACGAGGGAGGCAAGCAACUUCCUUACUACUGCUCUGGCAUGUGGUCGUGGUACACGACCAUUGUCGUCGCCCUUGUGCUCCACGUGACUGGGCUCUUCAAGCUGUACACCAUCAUUGACGAGUUUGGUCCGCUCAUGUCGGUCGCGAUUCUCACGGGCUUCUUAGUCUCGUUUGUUGCUUACUUUUCUGCCCUUUUCCGCGGUGCUCAGCAUCGCAUGACGGGUUAUCCCAUUUAUGACUUCUUCAUGGGCGCCGAGCUGAAUCCGCGCAUGUUUGGCAUUCUGGAUUUCAAGAUGUUCUUCGAGGUCCGUCUGCCAUGGUUCAUCCUCUUCUUGGUCUCUCUGGGCGCGGCGGCCCGUCAGUAUGAGCUGUAUGGCUACGUCUCUGGGGAGGUUGGUUUCCUGCUCAUGGCUCACUUUUUGUAUGCCAAUGCCUGCUCGAAGGGUGAGGAGCUUAUUGUCACCACCUGGGACAUGUAUUACGAGAAGUGGGGCUUUAUGCUGAUCUUCUGGAACUUGGCGGGUGUGCCCUUGAGCUAUUGCCACUGCACCAUCUACCUUGCCAAUCACCACCCCUCAGAAUACCACUGGAACCGCGUCUUCCUUGUUGGCCUUUAUGCCAUGUACCUUUUCGUCUACUGGGUUUGGGACACCACCAACAGUCAGAAGAACCAGUUCCGUCACCAAGAGCGCGGCACUCUGAUGAACCGAAAGACCUUCCCUCAGCUGCCUUACCGUCGCAUUGAGAAUCCCAAGACCAUCAAGACAGCGACUGGUGAUUCGAUUCUCGUUGACGGCUGGUAUGGCAAGGCGCGCAAAGUUCAUUAUAGCUGCGACCUGUUCUUCGCUCUCACCUGGGGUCUCAUUACUGGAUUCAACAGCCCCUUCCCGUGGUUUUAUCCUCUCUUCUUCGCCGUCAUGAUUAUUCACCGUGCUACUCGUGACAUUCAACGCUGCGAGGCCAAGUACGGCGAGGCUUGGCAAGAGUACAAACGACAGGUGCCUUACCUGUUCAUCCCCUAUGUCUUUUAGAUUAGUUGAACCAUCUUGUUCGACUUUCAAGACCCAGCUGCACGGAAGAAAAAAGCAAGCCUAUGGAUAGAGAUUUGCCGCCACCUAACAGAAAUCGUCCCAACUGACUCGUACGGUACAAAUUUGUACAUAAUGUGCAAUCAUCCAAGCCAAGCAAGCAUCACGCUAGAAGGGCCAAAAAAGCAAUAUACGAUAUACGAUUUCAGACGCUCAACCCAUCUCUUUUGGACCAAGAGUGAUAAAGAGAAGCAAGGAAAAGUUAGCAUAGAGAUGUUCAAUUCAUAUACUAAAAGAUACUUUAUUUUUAAUACCAGCAUUCUUGGAUUUUUUUUCUUGCCUUUUUUUUUUUCUGUAUCAUAUUGUUGCACAUCCCAGUUACGCAUCGGAAAUUUAAAGACUAAUCUAAUAGUGGGAUGAUCCGUUAUUCAUUCUCUUUAUGUAUUGCGCAAGC